AUGGAGGAAAGAGAACACUUGGUAGUUCUAGCCAUAGCUGGAAGGGUAACAUUUAUUGUAUCUCAUUUGAGAGACAGGGUUUUGUUGUGGUUUCCCUUCAGGUGUCUGUUUACAGCUUUGGACUUGAAGAAAGCGAACGUGUACCAGGGACCUCCACAGGCUGGUAAACCUGACUGUACGCUAACACUUGCCGAUGAUGACAUGGUUCAGAUUGCAUCAGGCAAGCUCAGUCCGCAGGCAGCGUUCAUACAGGGCAAACUGAAGGUAGCAGGGAACAUCAUGCUGACGCAGAAACUGUCUGCGUUGCUCAAGGAGGAGUCCAAGCUGUGAUUAUGUUGGUAGCACUGCUCACAACUCAUAUUGCCCUAAGAGUGGUGUGAAUUAAAUUGGCUUAUGAAGUUACGAUGAUUUGGGGUACAAGACAUUAGCAGCAGUUCAGGUAAUCAUGUUAAACCACUCUAGUUUUGUUCAACAGUACUACCUACAUACUGAUGGGUGAUGGGAUUCUGGUAGAAUAUUAACAUUUGUUAUGUGGUGCAAUGCAUUUGCGUAAGCUUUAACUGUAUAUAAGACUGGAUGGAUAUGUUACGUAUUUUUUUUUGUAUAAGCUCAACAGUUUUAUUAAAUAUGUCAUCUUGUCAUACA